AUGUCGAAACGGACAAGCAGCGUAGCCACCAAUGGCAAGGUAGCCAAAGAUGCUGCUGAUAGCUUCGCCGAGCCUGCCCACGAUAAGCAGAAUCUCCUUCUCGCGGCCGAUCCUGGCCACUUCUCUUUGAUCCGCGCCCUCCACCUCGCCGAUGCAAUUACCCUCUGUAAUGGAGCUUGUGGUGUCAUGUCAAUCUUCACCUCUCUGCGCUACUGUCUCGGCGAUCCCUCGUCCACUAGCACGCUGUACCUCGCUCUCUCAUUCCUGCCAUUCGGCCUUUUCUUCGACUUCAUGGACGGUAAAGUUGCGCGGUGGAGAAAGAAGAGCGGUAUGAUGGGCCAAGAGCUUGAUUCUCUGGCUGACCUGAUCUCUUUCGGCGUCGCUCCUGCGUCUGUGGCAUUCGCUCUUGGCUUGCGCACACCCAUCGACCACCUUUGCCUGACCUUCUUUGUCCUCUGCGGCCUCACUCGCCUCGCUCGCUUCAACGUGACUGUCGCCGCUCUUCCCAAGGACGCAACUGGAAAAAGCAAAUACUUCGAGGGCACCCCCAUCCCUACCAGUCUUGGUCUUGACGCUGUGAUGGCGUACCUGGUAUCUCAGCGUUGGAUUCUCCAGGACCUUCCUCUCGGAACGUGGCUGUCGGGAACUGCACUGGAAUUCCACCCCAUUGCUCUUGUGUUUGUGAUUCACGGAUGCCUCAUGACUAGCAAGAGCAUCCAUAUCCCCAAGCCUUAG